UUGACGACCCACCUCCCUUUUAACCUACCAGCCUCCCUCGAGCUCGACCCUUCUGGCCUCCUCCACCUUCUCUGCCUCUCUCCCUCUUGGUCUCCAACUCCUCGCGUCACGACCUCACCUCACUUGACCUCACUCACCCGACACUGCUGCCUCUGCCUCUCGUCACCGUUGGUGUCUGUGUCUGCAUCUCUGUCUCUCGUUGUUCACUUUCGCUGUCCUUCUACCGUAACUUUUAAUACCAAAAAGAACAUGGUUUUGCCAAAUGCGUCCGAAGACUUGUCAACAGAAAUGGAGGUCGAUGCAUUCAGACGCCUCUUUCCAUUACGGUAUUAUGAGCGUCAUCUUGUUGAAUCUAUCCGGCCUGAUGGCAGAGCACUUGGAAGGGCUAGAGAUACAACUAUAGCUCUUGGGGCUGUUGCAUCUGCUAAUGGAUCAGCCCUUGUUAAGAUCGGGUCAACUACUAUGUUGGCUGCUAUUAAAAUGGAAGUUAUGACUCCCACCUUGGAGUCACCAGAUGAGGGCUGUAUAGCCAUUGAUUUCCACAUGCCUCCAAUUUGUUCCCCUAUAGUUAGGCCAGGCAGGCCAGCUGAGGUAGCACCAGUUGUGUCAAAGCAGUUGUCUGACACUAUUUCAAGCUCUGGAAUGGUUGAUCUGAAAGAAUUGUCCUUAGUCGGUGGAAAAGCUGCAUGGAUGGCAUACUUGGAUGUUUACUGUUUGGAUGCUGAUGGUGCUGUUUUUGAUGCUGCUCUACUUUCAGCAACUGCUGCCUUUUCUCAUUUGCAAAUUCCUGCUGUUACCAUGAAUGAUGAUGGCAAAAUAGUGCUGAUGUCUGAGGAAGGAGGAGAAAAGUUGGAACAAGAGCCAAUGAAUAAGGAAAAGAGGAAGCUUACAUUAAGAAGCAUUCCAUUCUCAUUAACAUGCAUACUUUACAAGAACUACAUCUUGGCAGACCCUACUGCAGAAGAAGAAUCCAUCAUGGAAACUCAGGUGACCAUAGUUUUGGAUUCAUCAAGUCAACUUAUAUCUCUUUACAAGCCUGGUGGAUCAGUUCUUGCUUAUACGCCAGCUAUUCAGGAUUGUGUGGCAUUGACCAGGCAACGAGUAAAGGAGCUACAGAGUAUUUUAGAUGAAGCAAAUUCUGCUAUGGAGGUUGAGUAGACUGACGCUAGCAUCUUGUUUGUUUUUAUUUUAUUUUUUUUAAUUUUUGUUUAUUCUUUGUACAUUGUACAUGGUUUUAAUGGAAAUAUUUUUUAUUCUCUGAUUUCAACUUUUUAAUUAAUCAAUUCUGUUGCCCACGUAAAA